GACCUUUUCAUUGCAGGCCAGCCCGGAACGAAGCCUGGCAAGGAGUACGUCAAGGACGCGCGGGGCUUCACGAUGCGGAGGUACACCGCAAGCAGCGACCUGCUGGAUGACCUUCCUGCCGACCGGAGGCUGCACUGGAUCUUCAACCGCUCCUUCGCGGUGGACACCACAGACUUCCCCGAGCUCUGCGACGCGAGCAUCGUGGAAGACACGUGCAAGCUCUUCAACGGGGACCCGGAGGAGCUGGCGAACGCGGACCGCAUCGUCCCGUCAGACGUGCAGGGCGUGCUCUCGGCCACCGUGGAAGGCAUCGCCGACCUCUGGGAAGCCGUCGGCCUGCCCAUCCCGGCGAAGUGUAUGGACUUGUGCCACGCGGUGGUGAGCUGGCUCGAGCAGCACGCCCACGUCGUGCCUCCGAAGAGCGACCUCGGGUGCUCCCAGAACGAGAAAACUGGGAAGCACGAUUGCGACAUCGACCUGUCCCCCCCUUCUGUCCACGACUCUGGGGGUUCGUCGGAGGAGGAGCUCCCGAUAUUCGACCACGACGAGCUGGACGAGAACAACCAGGACAUUCCCCCCGAGAGGCUGGACGACGACGAGGAAGACGAGGGCGAGGCAGAUGGGGAGGAUGGUGUCGAGUACGCGAUGGACGAGAUUGCCGUGGAGAUCGCGCACAUGUUCCGGAUUUAUCCCGAGAUCGUGACCGCCGUCGAGAUCGAAGAGGACCUGCUGGACGACGAGGACAGGGCAGAAGAUAAGAAUUUGCGUGGCAGUCCCGAGACUGGGCGCAGGCUUACUUGGGACGCGUACGGCGGGGGCGGGUAUGGUGGUUCCUUCAGGGACAAGAUCCGGAUCACUGAGCAGAAAGCCAUCGCGUACAUCUCUUCUGCAGUCCGCGAGUUUAACAGGAGGAACACCAGACGCCACAUGGACAAGUGGUUCGGAAGGAGGGCUUUCAACGACCCUUCUUCCCGCAACAGGGUGCAACAAGUGCUGAAUUCCGUCAAUCGCAUGCUCAGCCAUGUUGAGUAUGUAUACCCAGGCCCUCAGUGCUCCCCGAACACCUACGCCUACGUAUACCCUGAGGCUUACACUUGCGGUUCCAGUGCUGAGUAUAAGCGGGAUGCCUGCACGAAGACCCGUGGGGGGAAGUUCGUUUUUUACAUGUGCCAGCUGACGAUGAGGUCGCCCAUGUCCGUUCAGAUCGAAACGCUCACACACGAGGGGUCGCACCACGCGACAGCGUACACUGACGAUGUCUGCAUGGACUACUCAAACCCGUGCCGGCAAACAGCAUACGGCAGGUCCCCUUGCCAACAGUUAGCGUCGAUGAACCCGACAAAGGCACUGAAGAACGCCGACAAUUACUGCUACUACAUCAACGACAUCACGGAUGUUGGUCGUUGA